AUGGCUGGGACUGGGCUGCCGCGGGUCCUCGGCCAGAGCGCGGAGUCCGGACCCGGGACCCAGGCGACGAGGCGUGCAUGGCCCGAGGGGUCCUCGGACUCGCUCAGCUCAGGCGGCAGCGACUCCGACGAGAGCGUGUACAAGGUGCUGCUGCUGGGGGCGCCUGGCGUGGGCAAGAGCGCCCUGGCGCGCAUCUUCGGUGGAGUGGAGGACGGACCGGAAGCAGAGGCCGCCGGGCACACGUAUGAUCGCUCCAUCAUGGUGGACGGAGAAGAGGCAUCACUCAUGGUCUAUGACAUUUGGGAGCAGGAUGGGGGCCGCUGGCUGCCUGGCCACUGCAUGGCCAUGGGGGAUGCCUACGUCAUUGUGUACUCAGUGACAGAUAAGGGCAGCUUUGAGAAGGCCUCAGAGCUGCGGGUCCAGCUGCGGCGUGCACGGCAGACAGAUGAUGUGCCCAUCAUCCUUGUGGGCAACAAGAGUGACCUGGUGCGCUCUCGUGAGGUCUCUGUGGAUGAGGGCCGGGCCUGUGCUGUGGUCUUUGACUGCAAGUUCAUUGAGACGUCGGCGGCACUGCACCACAACGUCCAGGCACUGUUUGAGGGUGUUGUGCGCCAGAUACGCCUGCGCAAGGACAGCAAAGAGGCCAAUGCGCGACGGCAAGCGGGUACCCGACGGCGAGAGAGUCUUGGCAAAAAGGCGAAGCGCUUCCUGGGCCGCAUCGUAGCACGCAACAGCCGCAAGAUGGCGUUUCGCGCCAAGUCCAAGUCUUGCCAUGACCUCUCAGUUCUCUAGGCCCAAUGGGCUCUCACUGUGGUGGGUAGAUGGAUGGACAGGUUGGUGGGCUGGCUCAGCCAACCGCCCUAGGUGCCUCAGGGCUGGCUCAGACUUUGGGCCCCUCGGAGCUGCUGGCCGGGCAUCCCCCACCUCAUGGUCAUGGACCGAUAGACGAUGCUGCCAAGGGAGGCAACCCCCAGUGGCCUGUGAGGGCUGGGCCCACAGAGAUGUGUCUACAGGCCCACGUGCAUCCCAAGCAGCAGCCUGAGCCCAGCUGGUGGGGCAGGUCUGUGUGUGGGGAGAGGACUCUGCCAUUUCCUACGCCGGGGCAUGCAUGCCCUGGAGGGAGGCUGUUCAGUGUGGUGGCUAUUUGUUUACAUGAGAUUUUUGUAAUAAAACCUAUUUCCUGUUA